CCAAAAGUAGCCCAAAAAUAGUUUCAGCCGGUGUUGGUGCGUGAAAAUAUAGUGGUUUUUAUUACCCAACACAUGCUACGGACGAUUUCAAGUUUAUCCACAACUUGUUUUACGUCUUGUGCUAGUGUUUGCUGUUGGAAUGCGGAUGACUGGCACUAUGAAACCAAGUCCGAAAAAAUCCUCCUCUUCGAAGGUGAAACAACGAACUAAAUCCUCCAGCAGUAACAACAACAAUAGCAUCCUUGGUACCAAUCAGCAACACUCGGCCGGUACAUUGGGUACUUCCACACCAUCAUCGAACACCAAUCAAACGCUACAGCAACCACAUCCGCCACAGAAGCAAACAAUACCACUGAGCGAUUCCUCCGGGAAUGAUGCAUCGAACAUGGGUUCUUCCAAAGAAAAGUCUUCCUAUAAAUCGUACGCCGGACUUAGCUCACGAUCUGUACGCACCGCUUGGGAACAGCACGAUAAGCAGGAAACGGAGGUAGCUCCCGACGUGUACACCAAGCUGGCGGAGGAUGCCACCUACAAACUGUGGGAAUUGGCCAACAACAUAAAAACGUACAGCCGCCAUUCCAGUGGCCGAGUUACAUAUGAUCUGGUCAAUGAAGUGCUGAAAGAUUCCGAUGUACCGCCGAUCGUUGGAGCAAACAAUCAACCCUGGGACAAGAUUGAAUACGAUGGAGCAUACUUUUUCAAUUCGGAUGAAGUGCUGGAUUUGCGUGAAGAAUACAUUAAACACAUAUCGUUGGAGCAACAUAAUGUGCCGGUACUUACCACCACCUGGAUGGCCGAGGCAGACAUUGCAGAAGAUCUGAUAACGAUGCACAACAAUAUAUGCGAUUCUAUUUUCAUUGGAGAUGAAGCGUGUUUCAAUACGGCGAUCGACAUACUGCAGUACAACCGGCAUACGCCUUCUUUGAUGAAGCUGUUGCUAACGAAAGCGAUCGAAAUGCUAGGUUUCGAGUAUACUGAGGAAACGUUGCGUCGAUCAUUGGAGUAUUUGGAGGCGUUGGUACAGAAUUCUCACGUUGCUCAUUCAGACCUGACGUUGGAGCUAAGCCUGCUUAGCCAGCUGUUUGUAAACCUGCUACUCGGUCCCGCCGGUUUCGUUCAUGCAAAAUUACUGCAGACGAACGAUCUUGUCCAGAGACCGGUGGCAACACUCGCUGGUACUGAUCCGCAACAGCAGCAGGAUCAGCAGCAACAACAGCAACAGGUGUUGGAUAAUAUUUCACCACUUUUCACCAAUCCGAUGUCGUUGUUGGAAAAUAAUUUACCCCCAGCGGAAGAUUCAAACAAUUCCAACUCGAACGCCACCGAGGAACUGUUGCGUAGUAUUGAAAACAUAAAGGACGGAGCGGAUGGGAUUGAUCUCAACAUCAAGGACGAAUACGAAGCUCUCUUCUCGAUGGUGCAAGGGUUGGGCAAGCAGGAAGGUGUAGAUGAGAGUAUGGUCGGAUCAGAAUCGCUUGCCGAGGGUGUGGUAGAUGGGUUUCAGGUGAAAACCGAAUUCGACCCCGAUGCGUAUGAUGCAAAUGCGUCGAACUUUAUUGUACAACAAGCGACAGGUACGGUAGUGGGAUCGAGUGGUCACAACGAACAUUCUGCCGCCCUUCACGAUUCCGGUAUGUUGACGAAUGAAAUGUUAAACUCUCUUGCGGCUAGUGCUGCCGCUGCAGCAGCCACCGUCACAGGGACAGCAGUAAACAAUGAUGUGACCAUGUUUGAUCUCAAGCCGGAUGCAAGCAAGAGCAAGAUUGAUACCGGCACACCGCCUACGAUCAUUGACGCAGAUCCGGAAGAAAACGUUAGUUUACCGAUGUCGGAAAGUAGCGACGGUGGGGGCGAAGUGAACAAUCCCAACUCGACCACGCUAGAAAGCGAAAACAUUACAACGUUGAUAUGUGAGGACUAUUUGGUGGAUAGUGUCUGCAGGGUGAUCGGGUUGUGUGCAAGCAAGUGGGGUUUUGUCGAGCAAGAGUGCACCUUUCUGCUGGUGGAGCGUUUGCAACGAUACUUCCAGGAAAGGAAAACGGCCACAAUCGACUACAAUUGGUUGUCGCGAAUUUUUCGAGGACUUUGGGCGAUUGGGGAAUUUGCACUGCGGGAACUGUUGCCCUACUUUUAUCACAUCGACAGCCAAACGAUGCCGGAGUAUUUGAUACCACAUUUUAGUAGCGCAGGAAUUUUCAUGAACGGCCGUUCCGAUAUCUUCUUCUACGAAUAUUUGAACGACAUUUGUGGCGAUAGCUUGAUGCCGUUUAUGUUUUCAUACGAUCAAUACAUCGAAAAGCUGUACUUGAAGUAUCACAAGAAAAGGUUGAAAGUUAUAGCUAUCAAAAAUUGCUACAGAGUGGUAGCCAAGGUAGUUCCUAAGCGGCUUCCACCAUACAUCCCUCGAGCGUCCGCGGUAAAACUCACGCUUCAGUCAUCUUUUGAGGAUUACAGUGAAAAACGUUUGCCCAACCUAUCUGCUUCAAAUCAAACUCCAAUACCCCGUAUUGGGUUUAGAUUUCCGGGUUGUCGGUCGAUUCCGUUAAAAACGACCGCAUGUGCUCUAAAAGCAACAAAUCCUACCAGCAGCAACAGUACGUUUCCGGGUGCCGCAACGCGUGCCGAUGGAGUACAGCAAAAUAGUGCUCUUUUGAGUUCGUUCAACUCCAAAAUAGUCGUAGCCAGACGACGGUUACUAGCGCCAGUUACAAACGAACCACCGAAGCGACAUGUUUUUAGCUUUGGAUCAUGCACGUUGUAAAGGUGCAUUUUAUGCGUAAAAUUAAAACAUUGUACAAAAAUAAGUAAACGGCUUUCAUUCCA